CAUUUUGAUAUUUGUUGUCGGCGGUUUCCAAUUCCUUACUUUCUUUCACUUAUUUUUUGUCCCAUUUCUCCGUUAAUUUUGCCAGGUGAUAACAUCCACAUUUCUACUUUCUCCCCGAUCUCUCCGCUACGCUGUUUAAUGGCUAGCAAGAUAGAUCAUGAUUACGAUUACUUACUCAAGAUCGUCUUAAUUGGCGACUCCGGCGUCGGAAAAACCAAUAUUUUGUCGAGGUUUACCAGGAACGAGUUCUUCCUAGAGUCCAAAGCCACCAUUGGCGUCGAAUUUGCUACCAGAACUCUCCAGGUUGAGGGAAAAACAAUAAAGGCACAGAUAUGGGACACAGCAGGACAGGAAAGGUACAGAGCGAUUACAAGUGCUUAUUAUCGAGGCGCAGUAGGAGCUCUUCUUGUGUACGACAUUACUAAGAAGCCAACUUUUGAUAAUGUCCAGCGGUGGUUGAAUGAGCUGAGAAACCACGCCGACGCCAAUAUCGUUGUAAUGAUGGCCGGAAACAAAUCCGAUCUGGAGCACCUCCGAGCAGUGGAUGAACAAGAUGGCAAAUCAUUUGCUGAAAAAGAAGGCCUUUCAUUUCUCGAAACAUCAGCACUUGAAUCAUAUAACAUCGAGAAAGCAUUUCAAACUGUUUUGACCGAAAUCUAUCACAUCAUUAGCAAAAAAGCAUUAGCAACGCAAGAAGCAGUCGGUGGUGCACCUGGAAAAGGGACCACCAUUAAUGUCGGUGACUCUGUCUCCUCAUCUGCCACCACAAAGAGCUGUUGUUCAUCUUGAGAGCCAAGAUUCGGUAUUUUUAGUUCUUGCUUCUUGUUCUUUUACAUAAAGGAAAUAGUGUGAAACUGUGAAUUGUGAAAGUGUAUGUUUUAACUUUUAAGGAUAUGUUAUUAUUAUUAUUAUAAAGAUAAAGAUUCAAUUUGUGCAGUUA